ACCGCCAGAGCCGCGCCCGUCGCCGCAGCCGCCGUCGCCGCCAUGGCCGGACGUCUGACCCGCAGGUGAAGUGAGCGGACGGCGGGUCAGCCCGCCAUGCGUCCAGAAUGACCAUCUCUGCCGAGCACAGUCGCCUGUCGGACGAUGAAGCCGACGAGCAGGAGCUCGAGGAGGUGCCGCCCAAGCUCACACUCGCCGAGAAACUCAAGAAAAAGUACGAGGAAAACCUGCCCAAGCUGGACUUUUACGCCACGGUGCUGUUCAGUCUGGUGGCGAUUGGCGCCUUCUUCGGCUUCCUGUUCCUGGUGCCGUUCGUGAUCGAGCCGGCCGUGACCACCAUCCAGAUGGACUUUGAGGUGGAGCCCGUCACCUGCUGUGUCGUCUCGUUCACCGAGAUGUUCGGCGCCAGCAACUGCUCCGACUGGACAUCGUGUCGCGAGGGCUGCACGAGAGAGAUCUACGAGUGUGUGAAGAUCCUCGUGGCAUACACAGACGCUGAGAACUUCACGUGCAGCGAGCGGCCGCCGGGUCACCAGUGGUUACACAACGAGGCGUACCUCUAUCCGAACGUGAAGGGGUGCGGCUACCCGCCGACCCUGAACUGCACCAUAUUCCACGACCGGUUCCGUGAUCCGAACGUAACGUUUCCGUGCUACUACAGCCGUGUGGACGCCACGCUGGUCAUCACGGAGCUGGACCCGGAGGAGAUCGAGCACCAGCUGAUGCUGUCGAUCGUGGCGCCGGCGGUGGCGUUCGUGGUGUCGAUCGCCUACCUCGUGCACGCCUACCACCGCAUGAAGCGGAAGGAGGCGGCCGCCGCCGAGCGCGACCGCCAGGAGAAGGCCCAGUGUCUGCUGGAGAGGGAGGAGGAGCAGGUGGCCACGCGCAGCAACGCCACCAGCACCUACUCCAUCAAGUCCAUCUCCAGCAAGAUCAAUGCGACGAUGGUGAGGCUGGCCCGGGAGCGGCGCAAGGAGAGCGGUGACGACGAGGCCAUGGAGCUGGAGCAGGUUGUUCCUGAGGCGCGUCCGCCCAGCCGCUAUCUGAAGCCGGGCAGGAUGCCCAGCGGCAACCGGCACAACUUGCUGGAGCCACUGGAGCCGCCUGCCGGCGCUUCCGACCAGCCGGCGCCGCAGCCGGAAAGCGGAAAAAGCGGAAUGUCACCAGUAGAAACGUAGAAUUUUCAUUUAUCUGCAGGACAUACCGACCAGUAUUGCUUCCAUGGCGUGACGGUAGCGGCUGUGACGGCCCGUCACGGCGACUGUGACGGCCCGUCACGGCCCAGGCGUCACAUCACCGUCCUACUGCUGGGGUCACUCCGCCAUUGCCUCAGUGACGUCAUCAGUCCGAUUUCAGUGACGUCAACACGGGUCGGAUUCGCCGCCGCCUAGAGCCGCGCUAGUUUUUAAAGGGAGUGGACGAUUCUUGUGUGACCUGGGUCAUGCAUCUGGUGAUUGCCGGCGUGCGGCGACCCACAGCAGUGCUCAUCAACGCUUUUAUAAUGUUAGUGCAUGUCUGGGUGGCGAGGCGUCAUGUCAUUGUGGUGGGAUGUUUGUCGAGGCACGGUCAUGUGGCAGGGUAGGUGCGACUGCUGUCGUUUGACCCAACGCUGUCGUCUGGAGCUAACGGCUGAGACGCGCGUUGGAGGCAAAGGCUGCAGGCUUACCGCUGCCCUGGAUACUGGACAGGGACAUUUGGACACUUCCGGUGGCAGCGCUAGGUGAAAGUGAAGGACUGCAGCUCUGGUGAUUUCGCUCGGCAAUAAGAAAAUGAUCUGCGUGUCUGCAGUAGCCGGUGGCUGGGGCUACGCUAACAUCUGCGAAUGUGGUGAUGCCUUCAGUGAUGGUGUGUCCUGCGCUGUGGGCCGGCUUUAAUUGCGCUCAGUGCUGAUUUAUUGAAUCGCGGCAGUUACCACGGUGAUACUUUAGCAAAGCUCAUGGCGUUUUCACUUUUGUCAGAACUAUACCUGCGUUGUCUGUUGCGUUAGUUGACGAGCGAUCGUGUGGGUAGUCUCAAUUUGAGACCACCCACACAAUCGCUCGUACAUUGUUAACUAAUACUUUAUCAUCCGACAGGAUAAGUGUCCCACAGAUCAUCCGAUGCGACUCACUUCACCGCGGUUUAGCUGAUGCUUGCUUGGAAGCGCGUGUCUCUUGUGUGUGUUUUGCUGGUUGUCACUUCAAACCCGAGGCGCUGCUUCCCAAAACGAUUUAUCUUGUUGAAUAGGUAGAAAAGAGAGUUAUAUUGAACUUCAGCAAUUUUAACUGGUAGGGAUGCUGGUAGGUGUAUGGGGGUAGGACAGGUCUUUGUCAUAUCGCGGCUCCAGUUAAAUAUGAAACCGUAUCCCAAUAGGUGUCGAAUGUUGGGAAGAUCCGUCAGCACUAUUGUUGUUGAGCAUAUGUUUUUGCGUCGUAGCUUUAAUUUCGGAUGCUAGUCAGCCCGACCGGUUUCAAACUUCUCCAACUUAUUUAAAGUUUUGACACGAUAAUUUGUACGAUUUACAGCUCUUGAAAGGCUUUUCCAAACCUAAUGUUAGUUGGAACUCCUUUGAGCUGGUAGCCAGCAGGGUGCAGUCGCAUGCAAAAGGGGCAGUCGCUGGACCGAGAAGUUUAGGUAUAAAGGAAGCAAUUGAAUUGUGUAAUGUUCUAUGAAGUUUUAGCUUACAAUGCACUCGUUGGAGUUAUUAAUUUACUUUAGUUGAUGAUGUUAUUUUUAGUUUUACUAUGCUACAUUUAUUUUUCAGCAUUCCUUGUAUUGUUAACCUUCUUGAUUUUGAGGAAUCCACUACAAUUCCAUUGAUUAUGUUAAGUGUAGCUAGCGAUACAGUUGGAAGUCGACUGGUUUCCCGACUUGUUGCACUGGUGACCAGCGAAGUGGGGUUAUUCCAUAAUUUUUUGGUAAAGCCGCGUAUGACAGAUUGUUACUAGAGAUGUCAAUCGGAUACCAACUUUUUGGUAUACCGAUACCAAACCGAUACCAACUUGGUAUUUGGUAUUUCAAUCGUAAUGUGUUUGGUAUUUUGUUGGUAUCAUAAGCCCUCACUUAUGUAUAAGAGGCUAAAAAAUCGGUAAAAAGUCGGUAUUUCCCUCAGUUUCCCAAGUUGGUUUGGUUUCGGUAUUUUCCCGUGGUUUUGGUUGGUAUUUGGUUUGGUAUCGGUAUUCCGAUUUUCCGUAAUUGACAUCACUAAUUGUUACCCUCGCUGAGCACCCGCUGCUAUUCCGGCGCUCACCCCAGACGCGACCCGUCUGACUGACGCGAGCAGUCCCUGCUCUGGGACCGCCUCGGCAGUGCCCGACCGUACAAAGGAACGGGCGCAGCGCGCGCUGAAUAGGGUCCCCUCAGCGGCCCGCUGGUCGGCCGGCGCGCCUCGGCGAACUGCCUGUGAUACCGGACGUUGUAGAGUGCGCACGUGCGUCUCCAAUGAUUGGCUCGAUCGCUGUCCUCGGCACGGCGCCGCACUCGCGCGCACCGCCGUGCUGACCGCUCACUAACUCGCUGUUCUCGCGCUCGUAUACUCCGACUCUGUGCUCUCUACUGACCCUGUUCUGUGCUCUCCGUGCUCUGUGCUCUCUACUGACCGUGCUCUGCUUCCUCCGACCCCGCUCUCUGGUGUGCUCUCCCUUGCGCCCGGACGCUCCGACUUGCAAUGUGUAAUAGUCGCCGCCAGUCGGCUGCUGGAAUACGGCUCUUCGUAAAGCGUAGUGGCAGGUCUUGUCUUCAGCUACGUGUUUACAGAUGUCUAUGUACUCAUCUCCAGACACCUAGAACUAUCGUCUUUACUUUACAUUGGCUGCGAUCGUGCGUAAAGCGUUACGAACAAUAAAAGAGUUAUGCAUGAUGUAUUCUAAUUCGGG